CAGAAAGGACAACGUUUGCGACGGUUCAUGGACGAGCCGGCGGCGAAGGGCGGGACGUGGAACCACACGGUGGGCACCGUCGUCCGCGCCAACAUCACGGGCACGUCGGCGCACCACAACAGCAUCGCUCGGAAGGCGUCCCAAAUGCUCUGCAACCCGAUCUUCAAACAGCACGUGUGGGGUCAAGUGCAUCACGCACGGCGCGAGAAGCUCAACGACUUGCACGCCAAGCGCCAAGAGCGAAAGCGGUCGAUGCUCCAGUCGCCUGCCGCUUCGAUUCCCGAGGACGACGACCCGCCGCCACCGCGCCCGACCAUCCAGCCGCGGACGCCGACCACCAAGAGCCCGCCGCGGUCGCCAAAGAACCACGACCCGACGCCCGGUCGCGCGACCAUGCACUUGCGGCCGACUAUGAACCCGCUGGCUCAAAUGGCCUUCAAGUCGAUGCGGUCUACGCGGGAGCGGUCGCCGUCGCGCAUGGCGCCAAGCGAACGCACCGAGAAUGAACAUGCGAUCGCGGCCAAGUCGUCGGGCCCGCCGUCGAUCGAGGCGCGGUUUCGACGGUUUGCCAAGCGCACGCUUCGACGCAAGUACGCAAGCUCUGUGAUUGCGGGGGCAGUCUUGCUCGACACGCUCAUUAUGGCACUGGACUCGACGGGCAGUACGGCCUUGGGCGUCUUGGAUUUUGUAUUGACACUGUUCUUUGCGUUCGAGCUCGCACUGCGCAUCAGCGUCCACGGCGCCUUCCACGGCCACCACCCGCUCAUUCGCAACAAGACGGCGGUCGUGCAGUUUCUGGUCGUGACCUCGAGCUUUCUCUCGUUCUGCGUCUUGGGCUUUGGGACCCUCUCACAAUGGCGCGUGCUCCGGGGCUUGAAAGCCUAUCGGUGUUUCACAGCGGUACGAGGCAUCAAGCGCAUCCUCUCGGCCAUUACCAAGGCGAUUCCGCUCCUCACUAACGUCGGUGUCCUCGCCUUCUUCUUCCUCCUCAUGUUUAGUAUUCUGGGGCUCGAGGCGUUCUCAACUGUCUACGACGGCAUGUGCGCCGUGCAGGGCACGCCCAAUACGCCAUUGCUGACCAACGACACGCGCCUCAUGUACCCUGUGGUCUAUUGCAGCAGCAACACUGGGUGUCCGCCAACCUUUGUCUGCGCGAGCGUCGACAGCUCGGACAACAGCUCCUUUCACUCGUUCCAGAACGGGUUUGCGUCCUUCCUCCUUGUCUUCCAAGUCAUGGUCCUCGACGGCUGGAUCGACUCGAUCAUGGACCCGGCGCUGCAAACGACGUCGGACAUUGCGCUGCUCUUCUUCAUUUUGAUUGUGUUUCUCCUUGUCUUCCUCGUCCUCAACCUCUUUGUCGCGGUCAUAACAACCGCCUUCAUGGGCCACGACGGCGAGUGCAGCACUACCGAGCCGGCACAUGCAAGUGGGCAGCUCGACAUGCGCAAAAUGGGCAAGGAAGACGAAGAGCAACACCUGUACAUGGUGCUCGGAACGACGAUGGCGGUCGAGCAAGCUAGCAAUAGCACACCCCACGACGUGCCGCCGUUGCCUGCACUGCUGUCGGCACAAAGCGAGUCGGACGACGAGUCGAGUCGGCGCAGGAGCACCGCGACGACCGACGGCGAGCUCACGCGCCGCAUGUUUUCUUCGCUGUCGCUGCCGACCGAGACCGUCACCAGCUUUGUGAGCUCGCGAGACCUCUUUGCAUCGACUCACGUCUCGGCGGAAGAGAAGUUUCGGCUUCAUUUGGCCUCGGCGCCCGGCGUCUCGGGGCGCUUUCGCAGAUUUAUCUUGUCGGAGACGUUUGCGGACCUUGUCAUGUUGUGCAUCAUCGUCAACACUCUGGCGCUCAUGACCGAGUACCCCAACAUGGGCGAACCGUGGCAGAGCUUCUUCGACGACGUCGAAUUUUUCUUUUCCGGCGUAUUUACGAUUGAGGUUUUGCUCAAAUUUUACGCCUUCCAGAGCGUUGGCUUGUUUCUAAGUGCUUACGAGCGCUGGUUUGACGCGAUCGUCGUCGGCACCAGCUGUCUCAAGUACACCAACGACGGCGACUUGAACACGCUGUCAUGGAUGGACAAUGUGUCCAUUUUGCGCACGCUGCGGAUUGGUCGGCUCAUGUGGCGCUGGAAAGGCACGCGGAAGCUCAUCGAGUCGGUGCUCAAGUCGAGCCGCGCCGUCUUCAACCUCUUUGUGUUUCUCUUGCUCAUUCUGAUUGUGCACAGCGUGCUGGCGAUGCAGCUCUUUGGCCUCGAGAAGGACAUGCCGCGACGCAAUUUCCAGGGGUUUGUGCAGUCGUUCGUGACGCUCUUCCAAGUGCUCUCGGGCGACGCGUGGGCCGAAGUCAUGGAGUCGAUCCUCGAGCGCGACUCUCUCUUUUUUGCGCCCUUUUUCAUGGUGUUUGUGUUUUUCGGGCAAUUUGUCGUGCUCAACCUCUUUAUUGCGGUGAUUCUCGAAAACUUUGAAAUUUCUGAAGAGGAAGCGUACCAACUCCAGCUCGAGCGCGUUUUGGCGAUCCCGAAAGAGCUCCAAAUGCUCGAGAAAAUCGAAGAGGUCGGCGUCCGCGCCUUCUACGCCAACAACGACAUCCGGCAGCUCGAGAACGUCCAGGACAUCAAAGCCCGGCGGUUCCUUGGCGUGAGCGAGCGCCACGUGCACGCGGCAGUGUCCGUGGCCCCGGCGGACGCGUUCUUGGAGGACAUUGUGGCCCGAAUUGACAAAAUUCUGGCUUCGGCCGCGUUCAAGUGGUUUAUCAUCCUCACGAUCGUGCUGAGUUGCGUCGGCUUGGCCAUCGACGACCCGGUCAUCACCAGCCAGCUCUCGGCCGCUGAGCUCGCCGCGCAAAACGCCAAGAACUACGCGCUGACGUCCGUCAACACGUUUGCACUCGUUGUCUUUGUCAUUGAAUUUGCACUCAAAAAACAUUACAUUGAAGACCCUUGGAACCGACUGGACAUUUGCCUUCUCAUCGUCGCAGUCCUCGACGAAGCCAUUAGCUACGGCACGCAGCGCACGAAGGGCAACAACCUCGUCAAGGUCCUUCGCGUCGGGCGCGUCUUGCGACCACUUCGACUCUUCAACCAAGACGGCGACAUGAAGCUCAUCAUGACGUCGUUCGCUGCCGCACUUCCCGCGGUCCUCGACGUCCUCGUGCUCUGUCUCGGUGUCUUUAUUAUCUUUGGCAUCACGGGCCGGACGCUCUUUUCCCAAAAGAUGUACUCGUGCAACGACACCUCGGUGGCCAACCGCGCCCAGUGCACCGGGUUCUACGAAGCGCUGCCGCUGCCGGCGUCCGACACGCCCGUGCUCAUGCCCCGCGUAUGGGUGCCGUAUCGCGCUCGCUUUGACACGCUGGCGAGCUCGAUGAUUGCGCUCAUGGAGCUCUCGUCCGUCAAGUGGGUGGACACGGCCGAAUUCGCCAUGGACAUUGUGGGCCUCAACGAGCAGCCAAUUCUCAACUACAGCAUGAUCUACAUUGGCUACUUUAUCUCGUUUGUGUUUGUCGGCGGCUUCUUCCUCAUUCGGCUCUUCGUCGGCGUCCUCGUCGAGCAAUUCCAGCGCAACAACGGAACGCAGAUUCUCACACCGAGCCAAAAAUGUUGGGUCGAGCUCGAGCGCCACAUGCUGUUGCUCAAACCACGCUACAGCGUCCCCGAGCCCACCAAUGCGAUACGAAGUCGGUUCUACCGCGUGGCCAAAUCCCAUCGUUUCGAGCAUUUCAUGUCGUCGAUCAUCGUCAUCAACAUGCUCUUCAUGCUGCUCAACCCAACGAAAGCAGCGCAGCAAUGGAAGUUCGCAUUCGAGACGAUCGACAAGCUCUUUGUCGUCUCGUACUCGUGCGAGUUUGCGACCAAGCUCGUGGCGUUCGGCCAACACAUCUUUCGCGAUACUUGGCACGUGUUUGACUUGGUGCUCCUCAUCGGGUCCUACGUUUCGUACUUGCCCGGGAUUUCGAUUCACCAAAUUUCUCAAGUUGGUCGCAUCUUUCGUGUCAUGCGCGUCAUGAAGUUUGUCAAAGUGAGCAAGGGCGUGCGGACCAUCUUCCGGACCUUCCGCGCGAGUCUUUCGUCCAUCGGCAACGUCGUCUUGCUCCUCGUUCUGCUCUUGUACAUCUUUGCCAUCCUCGGGCGCCAGCUGUUUGGCACGAUCAAAUAUGGCCCCAACCUCAACGAAACACAGAACUUCCAGACAUUUGGGAACGCGCUGUUGACGCUCUUUGAUCUCAUUGCCGGUGGCGAGUGGCACCUCCUCAUGACCGACUGCAUGGUGGAAGGCGCCGAUUGCGCAACGAUCGGGACCGACACGGACUGCGGCGAUUACUACGCGGCGUGGGUGUACUACCUCGUGUUUGUCAUUGCGAUCGUCUACAUCUUUCUCAACCUCUUCAUCGCGGUCAUCCUCGAGAACUUUCGGAGCUGCUACGUCAAGGACAUCAGUCCCGUGACGCUCGAAGACUUCGAGGGGUACCAAGAGGUCUUUGAAAAGUACGACCCGCUCCACAAGGGCAUCAUUCCGAUCUACAUGCUCCCGCGCUUCUUGCACGACUUGCCGCCCAACUUGCGCGUGAGCACAGCCGGCAACCGCAUGGCGUACUUGCACCUUCGGUUUGAGAUUGAGCAAGUGCAGCUCGCGCCGUCGACGCCGCAAAGUACCCCGUUCUUCAACGCGCUCCUCCGGACCGUGUGCAUUCACCACAUGGGAAUUCGCGCGCUCUCGUACGAGCAGCAGCGCGACCGCGUCAAGCAGAUCUUUGUCAUCAAGGAGAAGGUCGCGGCCAUGAUCGUCCGCGCCAUGCUCCGCGGCGUCAUCGAGCGCACGCGCAUUCGUGCCAAGCGCGAGACGAUGUACGCGCUCACGUGCACCAAGACCGUGGCCCAUCGACGCAGCGUCGUCUACACCCGGCUCCACGCCCACGACGAGGAAGGAGAAGAGGUAGACAAGGCAUCGAUCGCGAUUCGCGAAGGCUCCGAGGACGACGAUGACGUACAAGUUGAUGCGGUGGCGACGGCGGACGCACCGUUGGUGACGUGUGGCGCAUCGAGCCUCCUGGAUGCCGUUCCGCUGCAAGUCCCGACUGCGCUAUCAACACCGACCCUCAAGAUCGAGGAGGCACCCUUCGAUAUACCACAGCGUCGUCUGCGAGUAUCGGUCGAUGGUGACAUCGUCUCAAGUCAGCCAGUAGCCGACGGGACGAUCACAGUGGAGAGCUCGCCGGCGAGAGACGCCCACAUGCUCUCGGCUACGGCGUCGGCAGUCGACGCCCCCGUUGCUGGCACCGCGACGACGACGGGAGCAACGAUCCAACCGAGCAACUCGACCGAACACAACCUUGCAGCGGAAGCGACGGUGGCGCCUGUGGAGGCUUCAUCUGUGAUGGACGUCGAGGCAACCGGUGCAGCACUAACGAUGAGCAAGUCGGUCGAGCUCGACGGUGCGGAAGGGACAGGCAAGCCAUUGAACGGGAAGAAGAAGGCGCGGCACGUACAUCGGCAUCCGGGAAAGAAGCCCAAAGCAAAUGAGGAAGCAGUCGACGCCAGUGCGUCGAGCGCUAGCGAGGACAACCCGCCGCUUGUCGAGAAGAACGGGGCGCCGCCGGUGGCUGAGAGUGGUCUGCGUCCGCUGCGCCUUCCCAAGCUCCAUGUGGACAAAGUCACGCCGAUCUAGUCGAUCCACCGUCCAUAUUUAUCAGGACAAGAUGUAGCCGUGUAAACAC